CAAUCAAAUCCAUGGGUGAUUUAAAUCAAUACAAAAUUUUGAUCGCGGCUGAAGAGUCAGAGGUGUCAUGCAAAGCGAUUAAAUACGCGUUCGAUUUAUGUUCAAGACUAAAUACGCCUUAUAGUUUGGAAAUCGUCUAUAUCAUUGCAUUGAAUCCGGAAACCAACGUCCCAUUUUUACAUAAUUUGGACAAAGCCAACAACCUUGAUAUCCUUUUAGAUGCAAAAAAACCCAUAUCUAUGGUUAUGGAGCGUCUAAAGCAAUACCAAAGCAUUUAUCCGGAUGUUCAAUAUAAUUUUAACAAACUUGAAGGUCAUGGAAUAGUUGGGAAAAUUUUAAAAGACUAUAUUGAAACACACAAGCCUGACUUAAAUCUACUAAUCGUCGGAUCAAGAAAUCUCGAUGGAUUGCAAAAGAUCGUCUUGAGUUCUACUAGUGAUUAUUUGGUUAAACAUUUGCGAUAUCCUGUUACAAUAGUCAAGUCAUAA